AUGCCAGUCUGUCCCAAAUCGCCACCUGAGUCAGUGCCACCUGGAGAAAUGUCCAGCAAUGUAGGAAGGAGCGGCUCAAUUGGUGCUCUUUCACCUGGAGGUUUCUUCUCGUCCGUUGUUUUGAUUCGAGGUUUGAAAUCUGAAAGGCGCGCAGGCGCACGGUGGCUCGAGCCGGCGGAGCUGAAGGAAUGGGCGGUCUUGAUGGGAAUCCCUGAUCAUAGAAUGCCCUCCGACACCGCAUUCCGAAAUCUUUGUACUGGCCAGUGUCAAGACAUCUGGGAAUAUGUCGUCCGCUAUGUCAAGCGGAAAGAGAUAGUGAGAGAGAUCAAGGGGAACCUGGAAUGGAACCGGUGGGUAAAAGGCUCUGAGGCUCCGUUGUCUGACAAGGAGCAGAGGAAGAGGAGGAAGUUGCUGGAACAGCUGGUGUCACUGAGGACUGAUCUCCAGCAAUUGGAUGAAAGCUCAGAUCAUGAGCAGCAAGAGAUUGAUGAGCAAACACUGAUGGAGACUUGGGAGAGGCUGCAGGAUCUGAAACAGCGGAAUAUUUUGUUAAAAACAUUUCUUCAGCGUGCAGUAAACAGGAGGAAGUCACUGCAGGAACAGAGCAAGAAGCUGCACGAUCGACUACACGUCUUCAGACAGAUCAGCAGUAAAGCUGAACAAGAUGUAGGAGCGGGCAGUACUGUGGAUGGCAAGUUGAGGCAUGGCAAUGGUUUGGAGCCUGAAGUGCUGCAAGAUGUUCGGGGAACAUGUUUCACAAGAUUCCAACUCCUUAAGUCAUUAUAUGAUGAACAGGAGAGUCCUAUCGGAGGUGGUGGUGACAGGGGCUACGACCUGAGGAGUGACAGCUAUCAUCGAUGGCUGAACCAGAUAGAGGGCGUUUCUGCAUCACACCCACCAAACCACAUACUGGCAGCAGUGCAGACUCUGGCAGCUGAGAAUCAAGAGGAGCUGGUGGAACUCCAAUCGAAAGUGGAUGUCGGAAAGGACAUGGAAGUUCUCAGGUUCUCCUACAGUCGUUCCCACCUACAGGACGUUUCAGAGGCUCCUGCGGUUCUGCGCUCCGUCAAGUCUUUGCUUGAGGAGGGAUGGCGAGACUGUGAGGUGCGGGUGGUGGAGAAGAUCGGCGCCCUCAGGCGGGACAAGGAGCUGAGUGGCAGGUUGACGUUGCUGAGUCAAGAGUUUAAUCGUCUGCAGGAGGAACAGUACCGGCACGAUGCUGAUCUCCUAUCUACUGUCAGGGAGGCCUCAGAGCUGGAACUGAGCAUGAUGGAGAAGAGGGCCUACCUUCAGGAGCUCUCGGAACAGGCUCAGCUCUUGGCAAAUUCCAUAGAAGCCAAGAACCGUGAGAUCCAGACCUUGCAGCAGAAGCACAACACCAUUCUCCACUUCCAAGCUCUUGUGGAUACGAAACAAGAUCUCAUCCGUGCUUUAGUGAAAGGGAAUUCAUCAGCAAAGAGUCAACUGAGGAAGACACAAAUAGAGAUUGGCUCCUUCUUGAGGCAGAAGCUUGGAGAGCAGGAGGAUCCUAUUCGCUCACUGACUGAGGAGCUCCACAAUUCCGUCAACAGGGAAGUGAACCUCUUCACAGCCAUUUCUCUCCCCAACCUGGAUCGCCGACAUUUAGGAGAGUCCCAGAGGGUUCCUAUGCACAAGUUGUCCAUCCACAAACUGGAUUCUUCAUUCAACAAUCCUCAAUUUUUCCGGGGCCUCAAGAAGAGUUUGUAUUUCCCGUUCUACAAGGCUCCUGAAUUCCUGAUAGACUACGCAGCCGCGAUGAAGGUGGAGCGCAGGUCGUUGGAAGCAACUCUGCUCCAUCAGAGAGAUGCUCUGCAGACUCUACAGAGACGACACAACAUCACGCCAGUCACUGAUGCAGAUGCUCUGAUUGAGCGCAUCGUCUUGCAGAGCUCCGAGUGUGAUCAGAACACUAUUCCAAACAUUCACAAACUCUUGAAUCAGUGCCUUCAAGCCAUUGAGUUCACCACUGAACUAAGGAACGAUGUCCAGGAUUGGUGGGAACAGCCUGCCCAAUUCCUUGUUCCCUGGGUUAAGCAGCACGGACAGAAUGUGCAAUGCUGGAUCCACAAGUGGAAUGAGCUGGUCCACAGGGGCAUGUUGCAAGCUCGAGGAGAUGCUGCUUCGAGGUAACCCUGCUAACGGGAUGGUGCUGAACCCCCUGAACGACCCACACCCCGAUCGUCUGAUCCUGCGGUGGACCAAAAGGUCUAGGCACUCCUCCCCUGUCUGUUCCCGGAUUUCCAAGUCUCUGCUACCAUCAUCUUCUCACUGAUCCUAGAGCAGGAUUAUCUGUACUCUCUCAGAGGAUAUCCGAUCAGCUAAUGGCAUGUAUUUGGUUUUAGAUUGGAAAUAAAGGCAAAACUUUGUAUCACA